GAGAGGGAGGCGGGUGGACAAUACAGAGAUCCUAGAUGCUCUCUAUUCCACCCCUUCUCGUUUCUCUCCACCCCUCUCUCCCACUCCCUCCGUCAUUCCAUCAGGUCCUCACAAACACAGAAGUUCAGAGAGAAGACAGCUCCUGUACCAGAGAAGGAAAGAAACAAAGAAACGGAGAAAGAGAGAAAGAGUGAGGGGAGUAAAAAAAAAGAAGUGGUAUUAACAGUGGAGGACAAGUUUUGGAGGAGAGGAGAGCGAAGGGAGAGAGGGGUGGUUUAGGUGGGGGGUGGGUGGGUAGCAUACAAGGCUGCUCCGUCUGUCUCCUCCAUCCCUUCGUCUCCGUCGCCGUGGGUUCACAGCUCUCCCUCUCCCUCCCCCCCUCCCUCGCUCCCUACCUCCCCCGCUCGCUGCUGGCGGGAGCCUCCGAGCUGCUGCGGCGAAGGUCGUCUCGGAUGGAGUCGCCGAGAGACGUAGGAGGAGAGACGAUGGAGCGUGGGGAGCGGCCAGAGCGGGCCGAGCCGCUGACGGAUGCCGAGCGGGAGAUCAUCCAGAACACCUGGGGACCCGUCUACGAGAACUGCGAGGACGUGGGGGUGUCGGUCCUCAUAAGGUUCUUUGUGAACUUCCCAUCGGCCAAGCAGUACUUCAGCCAGUUUCAGGACAUGGAUGACCCAGAGGAGAUGGAGCGCAGUGCCCAGCUGAGGCACCACGCCCGCCGGGUGAUGGGCGCCAUCAACACGGUGGUGGAGAACCUCCACGACCCAGAGAAAGUGUCCUCUGUUCUAGCUCUGGUGGGCAAGGCUCAUGCUGUCAAACACAAGGUGGAGCCCAUGUACUUUAAGAUCCUGUGUGGUGUAAUACUGGAGGUGUUGUCGGAGGACUUCCCAGAAUGCUUCACGGCAGAGGUGCAAAUGGUGUGGACCAAACUGAUGGGGGCGGUGUACUGGCAUGUGACGGGCGCCUACACAGAGGUCGGCUGGGUGCAGCUCUCCAGCUCGGCAGUGUGAGGGGCGAUAGCAGGGGAGUGCAGGGCUUUAAUGGUUUGUACGGAUCCUGAAGGGGAAGUUCGGUCUCUGUAACGCCCCUGUCCAAGAAAAAUGAAGGGAACAGGGAUGUUGAAAGGUGAUUUUUUAGGGCUGAGACUGUUCAUAGAAUAUCUUGUUGUGUUCAACUUUUGGGGGAAUCUUUCCCCUCUCCCAACUGACUCAUUGUGUGUACUUUACUGUAUUGCCCCUGAGGUGUUGUCUGUAUAGCCCCUGAGGUGUUGUCUGUAUAGCCCCUGAGGUGUUGUCUGUAUAGCCCCUGAGGUGUUGUCUGUAUAGCCCCUGAGGUGUUGUCUGUAUAGCCCCUGAGGUGUUGUCUGUAUAGCCCCUGAGGUGUUGUCUGUAUAGCCCCUGAGGUGUUGUCUGUAUAGCCCCUGAGGUGUUGUCUGUAUAGCCCCUGAGGUGUUGUCUGUAUAGCCCCUGAGGUGUUGUCUGUAUAGCCCCUGAGGUGUUGUCUGUAUAGCCCCUGAGGUGUUGUCUGUAUUGCCCCUGAGGUGUUGUCUGUAUAGCCCCUGAGGUGUUGUCUGUAUAGCCCCUGAGGUGUUGUCUGUAUUGCCCCUGAGGUGUUGUCCGUAUAGCCCCUGAGGUGUUGUCUGUAUAGCCCCUGAGGCGUUGUCUGUAUAGUGUACAGUUAGUGAGCGUGUGUAUUCUCUUAUGCCCUCAUUCAACACUCAUUGUAGUAUUGUAAAUCUUCAAUGUUUUCAAGGGGACUAAGGGCUCCAUUUUAGGGAGUUUUGUUGCUCACUGAAAGUAUGCCACUUUGGAUUCCCAAAUACACCCUGUCUCUUUCCAUGCCCAUCUCAUGCACUAUACUAAACACACCCAUCUGCUAACACCCUGUCCAUACGGCAAUUGGCUAUUUUAAUUUACAAACAGUUUCAAAGUGAUGGGAUAGAGCCACAGGCUGACAGACCACUGUUAGGGUACCAUCUCCUCUUUAUAAGCAUGCACACACACACACACACACACACACACACACACACACACACACACACACACACACACACACACACACACACACACACCACUCUGCUGACUUGGACCACCCAUAUGCUAAUAUCUACGGAGCAUUUACUUGGUUUACAUCUCCUCAUUAAACUCCCCAUUAAGGGUUUAAGAAACUGACUCCGGAGGUCACUGGAAAUACAACGGACACUUUGAAGUAGCAUCAGGUACUUAACCUCUGAACCACUAGGGUAAGAAAAAAUAUUAAUAUCGACCAUAUCUGAUAUACUAACACUCUACAACCCUACCAAGAGGUCUAGAUACUUUGGUCCAGUUUAAACCAUGUUGGGUUGGCAUGUACACCAUGUUGGGUUGUAGUCCCCUGUAGCUCAGUUGGUAGAGCAUGGCGCUUGCAACGCCAGGUUGUGGGUUCGUUUCCC